CUGGAUUGAAAGUUGUCCAUUAAGUUUGAAAGGCUUGCCAUCGGAGCAGGAAACCGCAACACCCACAAGAUCGGUGUCCUGGGAACUUCAUCUGAAAGGGAAGAAAAAAGAUGAAUAUGGCCGACUACGAUUUGCCUGCUAAAGAUGCAACCGAGAAAGUGCUCGACAACCCAUCCAAACUUGUUUCCUCAGACAGCCCGCUCCCUGAUACACUUAAACAAGAAGCUUCUGAGAUGAAGACAGCUUUUGGCUCUCCACACCCUGACCCGGUGCCUGAUGUACCGGAGGCGCCUGCGGCCUCACCAGUCGUUAAUCCAGCCAAGCAGCUGGACUUUAACGUGAACCCACCUACACCAGCGACACCUGUGAUGAUGGCUUCCACGGCUGGCGACGAGUUGGACUACAACGCCUUCAUCACCGAAACCCUUCUAUGGACGAACAAGGUCCGCUCGUCAUUCUACUUCAUCUGCGGCCUGCUCGCGUGGCUGGUCGUGCGGGCGGUUUUCACGAGUCCAAUCACCCUAUUCACAGGCCUAUGCUAUACACUCCUGUUUAGCCUCGGCUUCAACUUUCUCCGCGGCGCAUUUGCGCCUCGCUACCAGGAGCGUUGCACUUGGGCCAACUCGUCCCUGACGCAGUUGCUCAUCUCAGUGGUGACUGGGGCAAUUCGCGUGGCGGCGUCGCUGCAUGAUCGCCAUCUUCAUGGCUUGGACCCGCUGCGCACUCUGGAGGUCGGCAUGGCACUCUGGAUAUUGUCGGUGCUGGGCCGCGCUUUGGAUGCUGUGACGCUCUUGUUGCUGCUGCAUCUCGGGGCCUUCACCCUGCCGCUGGGUUACAAGGUGUACAAGAAGCGCAUCGACACCAUUGUGGCCGACGUGUACGGCAAGGUUCACGCCCAGUACGAGAAGUUCGAUCGUCGUGUUAGGGCGGCGAUGGUUUUGGUUCCUAUGGCGACCAUGUUCAUCCUCCUGCCCAACGUUGAUCGUUUCGUGGCGAUCUUUAUUUGCCUCGCAUACGGGCGUGUCCUGGCGAAGCCCGACGAGUUCGCCACCUUCCAGAAGCGCAUCGAGCCCGUUGGCAAGACUAUCAAGAAGACGGUGUUUACGCCGGUGACCAGUGCGGCAGCUAACGCUAUGUCGAAGUACGACUUGACGCCCACCCCGCGCAAAAAGAAGGCCAUCUAAGGAGGGUCGCCAAGAAGUAGCCAUGGGGGCAGUGGGAACAGCAAUGUCAUUGCAUCUUUGAUUCGUCCGGGUCUGCAUGAGGCUUCUGCCCGGGGCAAACCGGAUUGCGGGAUGUAGCACGAACACAGUUCGUGGCUUCUAUUUGAAGGGAGGGAUUAAUGCGCAGGUCUUGCAUUUUGCAAUCGCUGCAGUAUAUAUUUGAGGUGUGCAGGGUGUUCACAUCGCCUGCCGGUUAGGGCCGUGGUCAGUAUGACUAGGCAGGGCUUGUUCAGCAAUUGUUUCUAGCCAAGUUAUAAUUUCGCUUGCGUCUCAAUCAUGGCGGGUCGGAGGUCGACGUGAGGCUGUCUUCUCUACUAGCACCGAUCACGAGUGAAUUGACGGUCAUCUUCGGGUAUGUUUGCCUUGAAGGGCCAGGCAAGUUUAUAUGUCAACUUACACUUUCGCUUUUGACGGUGUCAUUCGUGUUAGAGUAGUUUGACUUCGAAUUCAUUGUAAGGGAAUCGCAGUUU